AUGUCCGCACCCAGUGCCAACCCAGUUGGGCCUGGUACCUUGAUCACUGUCAAGGUGACAUAUGAAGACCACACCAGACGCUUCAAAAUCCCUUUGAGGGAUCUAGGUGCUCGCACUCUACCCCAGAAUUUGCGCCAACUGCUUGGCACUCCACCGGACGCAGACGUCAUCUUCGAACGCUACUCGGAUAGUGCCGGUUCUUAUGUUCAGCUUGACAGCAACAACCCGGCAGUCUUCAAACAACUCUACCGAGCUGCGAAGGCCAAAUUGAAGCUGCGAAUCAAGGCUACUGUUGUCCAGCCUGUGAACCGAUCAGGAGCAUCUGAUGGCCCCAGCGAAGCGCAUAGCCCGGCAAGAUAUAGCUACCUCGAAACCGUAUUGAGCCAUCCAAUUCCUGCGAAAGCAGUUGACACCAAUGACAGUACUGCCGCAUUAGCUACAACUCUGCCAACGAGUGCGGAGCGAACCACAUUGAUCGAGACUCAAAAUCCCGUCUGCUUCACUAACGAAGUGGAAGAAUCCAAGUCCACCAGCCAUAGGGAGUUCGUCUUGGGCCCGGACAACCCAUGUGCUCCCCUUGCCGACCAUAGCUCCGCCCCCCCUGUAAUCAGCAUUGAUUGUGACCAUUGCGGCCGAGCUAUCCCUAGUGAGCAUUACCAUUGCAAUACCUGUUCCGACGGCGACUUUGACCUUUGCCCGCAAUGCAUUGAGUCGGGCGUCAAUUGCGAAGGCGAAGAUCAUUGGCUAGUUAGACGCUUUAUGAAAGACGGUAUCAUCACGAACAGCACUACCAAGACUCUCGCGUCUCACAAGAUUCGGACUCAAGAUGAACUCGAGGCCCAGCCAGCUCUGGAGGAAGCUCCUGAACCGGUCGAGAAAAUUGCAACUAGCCGCGAGCGAAUCUGCAACAACUGUCUCAAAGAGUUUGACGAGGGUAAGAUGGUUUCUUGCGCUGACUGCGAUGAUUUUGAUCUGUGCAUUACAUGCGUCCUUGGACACAAGCAUGGACAUCACCCCUCGCACACAUUUGUACUGCUGGGUGACCACGAUGCCGGUUUGAAAAAACUUGUUUUGUCUCGCUGCAAACCCGGGCGUGGUUAUCACCAUGCAGCUAUCUGUGAUGGCUGCGAAAGCCAUAUUACCGGCGUGCGCCACAAAUGUCUUACAUGCCCUGAUUGGGAUUAUUGUUCCGAGUGCCAUCUAUUGGCGUCUCAAACUCACCCCGGUCAUAGAUUUGCUCCUCUCUACGCGGCAAUUUCUGAGCCUUUACAGUCUCAGGAAGUGCACUUCGGGGUCUUUUGCGAUGGGCCUCUGUGCAAAGACAAGCUAUGUUCUGGUUACAUUACCGGCGUGCGGUACAAGUGUUCCGUCUGCCACGACACUGAUUUCUGUGCCAAGUGUGAAAUCCAUCCCGCUAACUCCCACAACCGCACUCACCCGAUUGUCAUGCUCAAAACGCCGGUGCGCAGCGUCACUGUGAGCACUGUUCAUGAGAAUGCACUUAACCAGCAGGCAAACACGGUGGGCGAUCGCACUCAACACUCCGCAUCCACUCAAGCAUCUGCUCCCAUUCCCGCCCUCAUUGACGCAGAUACCGAGAUGGAGACUGUCGCUGAAGAAGAGGUACAACUUGUUGAAGACUCUGUGAAGGAAGAGCAGCCUGCCACUUCUGAGAAGAUACCCAGCCCAGUACUGGAUUCCGAAUACCAGGCAUUCUUCCUGGAGGAUACCAUCUCAGACGGCACUACGAUGAAACCCAACCAAGUCUUCCAACAAACAUGGAAGUUGUACAACCCUGGACCUCUUGCAUGGCCUGCCGGAAGCAAUGUCCGUUUUGUAGGCGGUGAUCCCAUGUUCAACGUGGACACCAACCAUCCCACUAGUCUUGCAUCAGUCACGGCAGCCAUGGAAAGCAACAAGUUAUCUCAGUCGCUCGAGGCAGGCCAAAGCACUGAUUUUACUGUCAGUCUGAAGGCUCCUAAUCGUCCCGGCACUGCAAUCUCAUACUGGCGAAUGAAACUCGCGGAUGGCACACCUUUCGGCCAUCGGCUGUGGUGUGAUAUUCAAGUUCGACAGGAUUCCCCUGUUGCACUCCCGAACAAGAAAGCUCCCGAGUCUGCUGCGGCUGACGAGUCCGAGAUUUCGGAAAGCCAAAUGGUAUUUCCCAAACUGGACAAGGAGUCUCCAGCAUCAAGCACGCACGAGGCGGCUAACGUGCCAACCACCACCGCUCCCUCCGUUGCCAACGCUUCUGAGCAUGAUGUCCUGCUCGAUGAUGUGGCCAGCCUGACCUUAGAUGAGGAAACCUCGACUGAGGCAGGAUUCUUGACUGACGAAGAGUACGACAUCUUGGAUGCUAGUGACCAAGAGUUUUUGGAUGCCAACUCUUCUCGCCAUUAG